CUUCAACAACAAGCCACCAGUGCCAAGAGUCAAACUCAUCGGAUACGUCGACCUCCAAGCACAUCUUCCACCAGGUUUGGCUAGGAACAUGCAGGCCAUAUCCACUGUAACGAAAUGGAUUCAGGAAUGUCUCUCCCAAAAAGGGAUUGAGCUCAGUCUCCCGAAAUCCAAAGUGCUUUUCCCGGAAGGUCUUUGCAUAUCCUCUUUGUCUGGCAAACGACGAACAGCAAUAAUUGACGAAAAUUGGUCUGUCAGUUGCUGAAGGUGGCAUGCCAGUUGUCGGGAUCCCAGUAGGAACAGAGGAGUUCCAGAGGAAUUUCGUUUCCAAAAUCGCCCGUGGUGACCCGGCGGAAUUGAUACUCCGCCUAGCAACGCUUGACGACCCUCAAGCCAGCUAUCAACUGCUGCGUUUAUCUGGUGUGCCACGUUUGUUCCAUCUGCUGAGGACGAUUGCACCGUCUAUCACCAACUCUGCCGCAAAAAUACAUGACAACAUGAUGAUGUGGGCAAUGAGUAAGAUCGUCCUUGGCAAGAUGGCCGACAGCAUGAGAAUACCAACGGUCAAAGAGGUACGCGCAGACCCGACGAAGAGCGAGGAGGUAGAUUUCUUCAAAGGGACAGCUCGGGCGCAGGUGCACCUACCCAUGCGAGAAGGAGGACUAGGAAUCACGAGCAAUGUUCUCAUUCGAGAAUCGGCUUUUGUGGCAGGGCAAGCGCUGGUGUUCUCCAAGUCAGUGCAAGCAUCGACAGGAUACACAUUGAGCAAUGUCUACCCCGGCUUGCCCAGCUACCGACAGGAUUGGCUCUGAUUGACUCGCUGAAGAAGCUAGAGGAAAUCAUCACCAAAGACAAGCUUGAAAAAGCUGUUGGGCAGUCAUGGGCUAAACUUGCCACAAGUGAUGAGUUAACCCCCGCCCUCAAAGGAGUUUACUUGUUGGAAGCAGGGAAGGCAGGAAAACCCCGUGAAGAUGGAAACCCUGACGUAGAACAUCAACCACCGUCUACCUUCAGCCGAAAUGAAUUUGGUCAACACUACCAAGUCUUUGGGGCCCAAGCUCUCCUUUCGAAACCUCUUCAUGCAGCAGUGCGCCACAUGGUGGAGACAGACUUGCAGAAAGUAGUAGGCGAGGAAACGCCAAAGAAGAGGGCGUUGAUCCGCUUGGAGGAAGCGAAAGGCAAGGGAGUUUUGUCGUGGUUGACAACGCAAGGGUUGUCAGCAGAUGAAAGAAUGCUGCCUGAUCUAUAUCGAGAGUCAAUCGGUCGUGUACUGGGGAGUCACGAUCGAGCAGACUGCAACACAGGCAAACUUUGUGGUGCAGGUGCAUUGUUACCAUGCAAGGACCGCUUGUGCCGAGCCCACUCCCUCGUCUGCACCAAGGCCGGCGCCUCAACCUUCCUCCAUAACAGGAUGGUUCG